CGGUGGGCGGGGCGAGAGGAGAGUCUGCGCAUGCGCGCGGUGAGUGAGUGAGUCACCUCUCCUGCUGCGGUCUGUCAAAUUCCUGACGUGACGUCAGAUACAGCGAAUCAAUCUACAUUUCAUCUAAAAAUUGAUUGAGGAUGAUAGUUCAGUUCUAGUCGCUCAUGAAUUGCGCGCGCUGGACUUGACGCAGCUGAGAUGCGCGACGCGUUGUUAACGCCCGUCAGACGCUUCCCGUGGGCGACCAAUGUGACCCUGUAUGGGUGUCUGUUCGCAGGGGGAGAUUUUGUCCACCAAUGUUUCUCGCGUAAAGAACACAUCGACUGGAGACACACGCGGAAUGUGGCGGUAGUUGCUUUCAGUUUUCAUGGCAACUUUAAUUUCUUCUGGAUGCGCUUUCUGGAGCGACGCCUCCCCGGGAACGCGCUACGGAUGGUGCUGCGGAAACUGCUGCUGGAUCAGACGCUCGCCGCGCCGCUCGCCAUCAGCGCCUUUUAUACAGGUGUGAGUGUUCUGGAGGGCAGAGAUGAUGUUCUUCAAGACUGGAGAGAGAAAUUCCUCAACACAUACAAAACUGGACUCUUGUACUGGCCGUUUGUGCAGUUCCUGAAUUUCACCUUUAUUACGCCGCUGAUCCGCACGGCGUUCACGGGCUGCUGUGGUUUCGUGUGGGCCGUGUUCCUCUGUUUCUCUCAGCGGACCGGAGACGGAACCGUGACGGCGGCGCUCGACUGGAUUCAUGACGUCAGACACAAACCGUCACAGGACAGCGGGGUUAAAUGACGCGCCGCGGGGUCACAUGUGAUCUGAGAUGGUGGUGAUUCUGUUCCGUGUCUUUUGAACUCGGCAGCUCCUCUGUCUACAUAUAGUUUAAAUAAAGUCCCUGAGAUAAUAUUGAGAUUUGAGCCAUUAUUUUGGUUUAGUCUGUUUCCUCCUGAAUUGUACAACACAUUAUAAUUUCAUGUUUGAUUGUCGUUCAGGUACACUUCCAGCAGAGAUGAAACUUCUAAUACUUUAUAAAAACCACACACUUUUAAUAGCAUUUAUAUAUUUACAGUAUGUUUAAUCACAGUAACAACAUCUUGAUAAUGUUGAUGAAUAUGUGACUUGGUUUCAUGUAAUAUUUAUAUUGUCUGACUGUUCUGCACUAAAAUCAGGCGCUUUAUUUUCAUUGUACAGUUACAAAAUGAGAUUCUUUUUGUGUGUACUCCACCAGGUUUCUGCAUUAAAUCUACAUAUUUAGAAGAGAGAAGUAUUUAUAAAAACUUGUAAAUUAAAGUACAAACAAUAUUAUUAAAAUAAUAGAAAUAACAGAACUCAAGUUUAUCAUAUAUUUUAGCAUUUACGAUAUUCUUAUUGGCUUUUGGGCUGCUGCUCCUUUUAAAUUUAUAAUCCUAAAUACUUAAUCGGGUUUUGGAAAUUGAAAUGUAGUUAUUGGGUACAAUAAAUGUAUGUGUUGAUUUAAUUUAGUUUGGGACAGUGGGGCAUUAAAAUUGUAGUUUGUGUUCUGCAGAUUUCUCUGUGUGUUUCUGUUGAAAUAAGUUUAACGCCAGAAAUCUGAUCAUAUAUAUAUUCAUAUAUAUAUAUAUAUAGAGAUGUGUGUGUGUGUGUGUGUGUGUGUGUGUGUGUGUGUGUGUGUGUGUGUGCAUGUAGUCAGCUUUGCUUACGGUAUAUAUUUGGCCUUUAAUUUUAUCAUUAUUUUAUUUUAAUUUGUAAAUCUGUGCCAAAAAGCCAGUGAAAGUAUUUCUCUGAUAGAUUUUCUCCUGUUUCAUUUACAGUGUCUUGUUUUGCACAAAUGUUUUGAGUGUACACUUAAUCUAAUAGAAUCAAAUUAUUUACCAGGUUGUUAUUUUAUGACAUGGUAUUUGUUGUUUAGUAGAAUGGUGUAAUAGCUUGACAAUACUAAAUUAAUAAUUUACAAAUAUUGUCAGAAAUAUAAUACAGCCUUAAACAGUAUAUUCUGUAUUAAAUGUAAAUUAUUUUUAACAGAUGUUUUAUAAAGCAACUUUAAGACAUUUGGAAUUAAUAAAGAGUUCUGUAGACCGCAUUUUUAUGUGUUUUCAGAUUAAAACUGAUUCAUGAGUGUUUUUCACUUUUUAAUUUAAAUAAUGAAAUGCAUAUAGGAAUUAAUAUUGUUCUUGUUCUUAAGCGGAAAUAAAGACGGAGAAAAAGUG